CUAUUCUCUCUAGUGUCCAGUACAUGGGUGUAGGCUCUUAAGCAUUUACACUGUUGCUAAAUAUGAUGAGGAUACACAAGGCGAGUCAGCUGCAGGGGUCGAUAACCAAAACGAUCGUUUUCGGUUUGCUAACUUUGUUUAUGACAUAUACCCCAUUACCAAUACUAAAGUUUAUUUUACUACUAUUGGAUGUGUGUUCGUAUUGGGCCCGCUGCAUCUUCAACAAGCUGAAGAACUCAUCGGAGCGUGUUUUACUGAAUAAGCUAAAUCGUUCAAAGUCCUGGAAAGAGUUUUCAGAAACUGCACUAAAGUUAGAUAAUGCAUUUCACAAUGAUGUAUGGAAGGACAAUUUGAUAUCGAGUAAAUAUGACUACAGAUUGAUUCAAGAGAGAAUGCAAGAUUUACAAGAUGCUCGAGAAUCUGGCAAUGUUGCAAGGUUAUUGAGUUUGUUAAGGGCUGGAAUGCUAAGAAAUUUUGGAGGCAUUUCAAAUAAACGCUUGUACAACAGAACUUAUAUUGGUACUAAACUUUUGAUUGAGGAAUACAACAAAGAAGUUAGUACCUGUUUACGAUGGAUUGACGAACAGUCCAUAAUUGAAAACCAAGUGAAGCUUGACUUCUAUCAUGAUGCAAAGACUACAAUUGGUACAACUGCACUAUGCUUGCACGGCGGUUCCUUGUUUGGGUUUUCACAUGUUGGGGUCAUCAAGAGCAUGAUCGAUACUAACUUAUUGCCUAAUGUUAUAGUUGGCUCUGGAUUUGGAUCAGUAGUAGGCGCAUUGGUGUGUUGUCUGGAAGCAGAUGAAUUGAUCGGAGUACUAUCGAAUUUGAAGUAUCACAUGGCUGUCGAAGGAUAUGGUUUAGGUAAGGAGCGCAAGUUUGAUGAAAGCAACGCUAAUAACGAGAAAGCAGAAAUGUAUUUGAAAUGGAUUGACAAUUUGAAGAAGGGCUUUACCAUAGAGUUGAGGCAGUUUAUAGAGUAUACAUUACAGAAAAUUGGAAAAAUUACUUUUAAAGAGGCAUACGAGAAGUCAGGCAAAACGUUCAACAUUCUAGUUUAUCCAACAUCAGAUAAAAUUCCUACCCUACUAAACUUCUUGAGUACACCAUAUAUUACGAUAGAGAGUGCAAUAUACUGCUCUCUAGGCAGUGGUGUUCUGGACUCGAAAGUCAGGGACACUAAUGCUGAACUCAAGAUUAAGUAUUAUGGUGAAAUCUCUAGUUAUUCCACUGUUGAAUGUGAGUUCGAGCCUCCUUACCAAGUUAAUGGAGAUUCAAUAGAAUUAAAAAAUUCACCGUACAAUCGCAUAACAGAACUGUUUAAUGUCAAUCAUUUUAUCAUAUCUAUUUCAAGACCGUAUCUAGCGCCAUUUUUGAACGGAGAUUGGAGGGUAGUGUACAAUAAUAAGACAUUUGGGAAAAAAAUAUCAAACUUGGUUAAUUUGGAGAUGAAGCAUAGAAUAAGGAUUAUGAGCAAGUUUGGACUGUUAACUAAUUUAAUGAGAUGGUUAUUGGUUGAUGAAAAGUCAAUUCUUUUAGAAACUAAUCACAUAGCGAUAAUACCGGUGGGAAACAAAUGGAUUGUGUGGGAUCUAUUCGAUCUCUUUGUUCAGAAUAAAUCUUCUCUCAAUUACUGGGUUGAUUGCGGAGAAAGAAGUGUUUGGGGAAUGAAAUCUUUGUUGGAAACACGAUUCAGAAUGGAAUUUAUGUUGGAAGAAUAUUUUGAAAAAUACAGAAAAAUCAAUUGAACAUAAUUCAAAGGAAUGUGAAACAACGCUUUUUGAGGCGAAUGGCUGAAAGCAAUUUGUCUUUUACGAUUUACAGAUGGUUUACAACCGUAGUAAAAGAAAGGUUGUCCCAAACAAGUAUUUCUAGCAGGAGGGCUUAACAAUGUUAAAUUGCAAAUGUCAAUGGUAAAAUCCACAGUCUGUAUAAAACUAUUUUGUUAACUUCAAGAUGAAGGAAUCGUGAUCCGACAAAAUCUAACUAUCCUUCCUUCUACCUCUACCUCUCUGUCGAUAUACUCACUUCGUAUACGUAUAAUCAAACAACAGAAUGAAAAAGAGUCGAACACUUC